GACGCGGGCGGCGGGGGAGGGGGGUUACGUGGUGACGUUAAUUCUAUAUGAGCGCGAGCGGCGGGAGCGCGGGUCCUUUCACCGCCGGCCGCGCGGCGCCUCCGCCUCGCUGCUCCUGAGUCACCGCCGCCCGCGGGCCGCGCAGUGUUUGAAAUCGAGCAGAAUGGCAGACAUAGACAACAAAGAACAGUCUGAACUUGAUCAGCAGGAUAUGGAAGAUGUUGAAGAAGUAGAAGAAGAAGAAACUGGUGAAGAUGGCAACAGCAAAGCUCGGCAGUUGACUGUGCAGAUGAUGCAAAAUCCUCAGAUUCUUGCUGCCCUUCAGGAAAGACUUGAUGGUCUGGUAGGAACAUCUGCAGGAUACAUAGAAAGCUUGCCUAAAGUUGUUAAAAGACGUGUGAAUGCUCUCAAGAACCUUCAAGUUCAGUGCGCACAGAUAGAAGCCAAGUUCUAUGAGGAAGUUCAUGAGCUGGAAAGAAAGUAUGCUGCUCUCUAUCAGCCCUUAUUUGACAAGCGAAGUGAAAUCAUCAAUGCCAUUUAUGAACCUACAGAAGAAGAAUGUGAAUGGAAAGCAGAUGUUGAUGAAGAAAUUUCAGAGGAAAUGAAAGAGAAAGCUAAGCUCGAAGAAGAAAAAAAAGAUGAAGAAAAAGAAGACCCUAAAGGAAUCCCUGAGUUUUGGCUGACAGUAUUCAAGAACGUGGACUUGCUCAGUGAUAUGGUUCAGGAACAUGAUGAACCUAUCCUGAAAUACUUAAAAGAUAUAAAAGUGAAAUUUUCAGAAGUUGGGCAGCCUAUGAGUUUCACAUUAGAAUUCCAUUUCGAACCAAACGACUACUUCUCAAAUGAAGUGUUGACAAAGACAUAUAGAAUGAGGUCAGAGCCAGAUGAUUCUGAUCCCUUUUCCUUUGAUGGACCAGAAAUCAUGGGUUGUACAGGUUGCCAAAUAGACUGGAAAAAAGGAAAGAAUGUUACCUUGAAAACCAUUAAGAAGAAGCAAAAACAUAAGGGCCGCGGAACAGUCAGGACAGUGACAAAAACUGUUUCCAAUGACUCUUUCUUCAACUUUUUUAGUCCUCCUGAAGUUCCUGAAAGUGGAGACCUGGAUGAUGAUUCUGAGGCAAUCCUUGCUGCAGACUUUGAAAUAGGUCAUUUCUUGCGUGAACGUAUAGUUCCCCGGUCAGUUUUGUACUUCACUGGAGAAGCUAUUGAAGAUGAUGAUGAUGACUAUGAUGAGGAAGGUGAAGAGGCAGAUGAUGAGGAGGGAGAAGAAGAAGCAGAUGAAGAAAAUGAUCCUGAUUAUGACCCAAAAAAGGAUCAAAACCCAGCAGAAUGCAAGCAGCAGUGAAGCAGUGUGUCUGUGGCCUUGAGGAUUACCUGCACUGUAAUAGCCUAAACACAACUAUUAGUUACUUACAGCCUUAUGUUUUGUAUCUUGGUAGAAUUAAGUAACCAAUUUGUUAAAAAAAGAAAUUGAACACUUAAGAACCAGUUUAAAAUGUAGGUUCAAUCUACCUAGCAUUUUAACAGUAUAAUUUUCUGCCAAUAUGUAGAAUGCAGUAAAUGCCCUAAAGCAUGAAUGUUAAUUCAUUGCUACAUAGUUUGGUUCUUGUGAAGUCUUUGUCAUGUAGCUAUUAGACUGCAGCUGUGAAGAUGAUCAGAACUGUUAACUGAGACCAAUAUUUGUUAAGAGAAAACCCUCUCCUGAAGAACCAACCAAAGUAUUUUUUCAGCCCAGUAGUCUGAACGGGUUUAAGUCUGCUUGCACUAGCUGUGCCUUCAUUACUUUGUUAUAGAAAUGGCAGUGACUUCUACUAACUAGGAGAUGAUGAUACAUUUUGGAUUUGACUACUUGAGAAGACUAGUAUAACUUGUUUAAUUUCCCGAUGAGACCACAUUAAGCAUUCAUAACUGUCAGCUUGUUUAUGCUAUGGGUUUUGUAUUUUAUGUGACAUAGUGAUCUACAAAAGAAACCUAGUCAUCAUAUUAAGGUUAUUGUUUACCACAGGGGUGUGAAUAAAACCUAGUAUUUUCGGAA